AUGUUCGCUGGAAUUUUGCUCAUUGCCAACAGCCGUGACAUUGCUUUGCAAGUGGCAACGGGAUUCACCGAAGUGCCAGUGACCGAGGCAGCGUCGACAAACACCGUCAGGCCGCUUGCACCUCGGUUGGCGCCACGUCCCCCCGGCCUGACGGAGUCUCAGAAGCAGGAGACGGUGGAGUUGUUCUCCUGCGACCUGUGUUCCUUCUCCUCAAUUUAUGCCGACGACCUCAAGAACCACGUCCGCACUCACAGAGGGAAGGAGGGGCUGUUGUGUCUAGUGUGCCAGCAGGCGUUUCCGGACGCGGACUGUCUGAAACAACACAGAUCGACGCACGCCGAAGAGAACAAGAAGUACAAGUGCGAACUUUGUCCGUAUGCAUCAGUCUCGUCCCAAAACUUGGCACGUCACGUGCUCACACACACGGGUGAAAAGAAUUUUGCCUGCAGCUUGUGUACCUGCAUGUUCCCCCGGAUGGACACCCUGAAGAGGCACAUAAACAAGGUGCACUUUGGUAAACCCAGAAGCAGAAAAUGAUCGGGUGUAGCUCGUGGACUCAGCAACACUGACACUUCUCACUUUGAACUUAAAAAUCAGGGUGCUUCAAUGCUGCUCUUCAAAGCAGCGACGUCUCAUUGGACCAAUGCUGUUAGUACUGCCAUGUUUGUUGUAACAAGUGGCGUUCCAAGUCACGUGGUCUGGCUUCAAAUGCUGGUAAAGAAAUAAAUACCGGGAAGUUUGCAGAUGUUGUUGUGAUACGACACAGGCCUCAAAGUGUCCACUCAUUCUUCAGACAUUGUC